AUGGGACAAGGAGAGCAUGGGACAAGGAGAGCAUGGGACAAGGAGAGCAUGGGACAAGGAGAGCAUGGGACAAGGAGAGCAUGGGACAAGGAGAGCAUGGGACAAGGAGAGCAUGGGACAAGGAGAGCAUGGGACAAGGAGAGCAUGGGACAAGGAGAGCAUGGGACAAGGAGAGCAUGGGACAAGGAGAGCAUGGGACAAGGAGAGCAUGGGACAAGGAGAGCAUGGGACAAGGAGAGCAUGGGACAAGGAGAGCAUGGGACAAGGAGAGCAUGGGACAAGGAGAGCAUGGGACAAGGAGAGCAUGGGACAAGGAGAGCAUGGGACAAGGAGAGCAUGGGACAAGGAGAGCAUGGGACAAGGAGAGCAUGGGACAAGGAGAGCAUGGGACAAGGAGAGCAUGGGACAAGGAGAGCAUGGGACAAGGAGAGCAUGGGACAAGGAGAGCAUGGGACAAGGAGAGCAUGGGACAAGGAGAGCAUGGGACAAGGAGAGUAG